UGCAGAGAAUAACUUUAGCAAAGAAUAGAUGCUCAAAACUAAACACACCUUUUCUUCUUCCCAUUUGAAAAGAAUCCCAAGGGCUCGAAGCAAAGAAUAUCAAAACCAUUUAACUACAAAAAAGUACUAUCAAGAAAUAAAGUCACCACUAUCACUAUGUUGACAAAAGAGGCUUUUUCAAAACACAUCCACACACACUAACAUAUCUACCUACAUUCACUCCUUUAAUCCCCUCUCCAAAGCUUCUUCACCAUCACUCCAAAAACUGCAUAAAAAUGGGGAAAUUCAUCGGCAUUUUCGCCUGCCUCUUGAUCGUUGCACUCGACGUCGUUGGUGGGAUUCUUGGGAUCAAAGCAGAAGCAGCUCAAAACCAGGAGAAGCAUUUGAGGCUGUGGAUAUUUGAGUGCAAGGAGCCAAGCCAUGAUGCAUAUAUAUUAGGGUUAGCAGCAGCAAGUCUUCUUGGAAUAGCUCAUGUUUUGGCUAACUUGCUUGGAGGCUGCAGUGUUUGCACUCAAGAAGAGAUUGAGAAAGCCUCUCCCACCAAGCAAUUGUCCAUUGCAUGCCUUAUUUUCACUUGGAUCAUCCUGGCCGUGGGGCUGUCGAUGCUCGUGAUCGGAAUAAUAUCGAACCACAAAUCGAGGGCGUCGUGCGGCUUCACGCACCACCAUUUCUUGUCGAUCGGCGGCAUACUAUGCAUGGUUCACGCCCUCUUCGCCGUCGCAUACUAUGUUACUGCAACUUCGAACACUUGAUUAAUUAACUAUAAACCUCUUUAAUUAUUUUCUUUUUCUUUUUCACUUUUCAAAAAUGUUUCAUCUUUUUUUGUUGUUUUUUCUUUGUAGGUCCCAAGUAAUGUCUAUGUCUCACUCUUUUGUCUUUUCAUCCUUUUUUUUUUUCUAACUUUACCUGCUAGUUUUGUUGCUCGAUUUUCUUCUCGAUGAAGGUUUUGGACUUCGUGCUUGACUUUGAUUGGGAAUUCGUUUCUUUUUAGUGGAAAUCUGCAGAAUUUUUGGGGUUUUCA